GCACAGGCGAGGGGCUGGCUAAUGGGUGACUUGUCCCCAUUCAGAGGUGUCUUAGCAAGAGAGGGACCCACUUGGGGACCCGCAGGGUGAUGGAGGCAUGGGGCAGAGGGAGCUGGGCUGCACAGGGUGGGUCCCACUGAUCCCAUCCUGACCAUUAAGGGGUCCCUGGCUGUUUCCCUGCAGGGAGGAUCCAUCCCGGAGCUGCUCCAAAAUGCACAGGACCACCAGGAUAAAGAUCACUGAGCUCAACCCACACCUGAUGUGCGCCUUGUGCGGGGGCUACUUCAUAGACGCCACCACCAUCGUGGAGUGUCUGCACUCCUUCUGCAAAACCUGCAUCGUUCGCUACCUGGAGACGAACAAGUACUGCCCCAUGUGUGAUGUGCAGGUGCACAAAACCAGACCCCUCCUCAGCAUCAGGUCGGACAAAACCCUUCAGGACAUCGUGUACAAACUGGUCCCAGGGCUUUUCAAAGAUGAGAUGAAGAGGAGGCGAGACUUCUAUGCAGCCUACCCUGUGGCAGAGGUUCCCAAUGGAUCCAAUGAGGAUCGUGGGGAAGUCUCCGAGCAGGACAAAGGGAACCUGACAGAUGAUGAGAUCGUCAGCCUGUCCAUAGAGUUCUAUGAAGGCUCAAGAGAAGAGAAGAAAGGGAGCAUUGAGAAUGGGGACCUGGAGAAGGAGAAGAAUGGGCUGCGGUUCCUGCGCUGCCCGGCUGCCAUGACUGUCAUGCACUUGGCCAAGUUCCUCCGCAACAAGAUGGAUGUUCCCAGCAAGUACAAGGUUGAAGUCCUCUAUGAAGAUGAGCCCCUGAAGGAGUAUUACACCCUGAUGGACAUUGCCUACAUCUAUCCCUGGAGGAGGAACGGGCCCUUGCCCCUGAAGUACCGCGUCCAACCCGCCUGCAAGCGGCUCAAGCUGUCCCAUCCCAUCACCCCCGAGGGCACCAACACCAGCGGCGCAUCCGAGUGCGAGUCAGUCAGUGACAAAGCUCACAGCCCGGCCACGCUACCGGCCACCUCCUCCUCCCUGCCCAGCCCGGGGACCCCAUCCCAUGGCUCUCCCAGCUCCACCGGCACCGGCACCGCGCUCAAUGGCUCCUCGAACUGCCACCCGCUGCCUGCCGCCCGGUGCCGCAAAGCGACUGUCAAUGGCAGCACGGGCUCAGCCCUGACCUAAGCACCGGGCGGAUGGGGGACUCCUGGCUGGCUUUUCUAGAUCUCUAUAUAUUAUAUAUAUAUAUACAUAUAUAUGUGUACAUAGGGAGAGCAAAGAACGGAAGCAAAACAAGACAAAUUAUACAUACUUAUUUUCUAUUGAUCAACCAGAUUAAUUUAAAGUGCAAAUAAGACACAUAAAAGUGGUUGAAUAUUUUUAAAUGAUUUUUUUCUCCC